CAUCGCUGACCAGAUGCAGCUACCUGUCCAGAGUGCCCUGACUGAUGACUCUGAGGAACCCGUCAUCAUGGCCUCAGAGGCCCUGGAGACCAUGGGGUCUGGAUGGGAGGAGGACCAGGUCCUGGAGAUGCUGGCUGCAGCCGAGCCAGAGGUUUCCCCUGAAGCCCCUGUUGAGGCUGCAGCCGUAGAUUCAGAGGUCCCUUCAGAGGCUGUAGUCUUAGUAGAGGCUGUGGUCUUAGUAGAGGCUGUGGUCCCAGUGGAGGUGGCGGCCCCUGUUGAGGCUGUCGUGGUUGAGACCACUCCUGUGGCAGAGACUCCUGCUGAGACAGUGGUGUCUGAGGAGGCCCCUGUUGUUGAAACUGGAGCUGCAGUGGAGGUGGCUACCCUGGUCGAGGCAGCUGCACCUGUGGAAGCUGCUGCCCCAGUCGAGGUGGCUGAAACUGUCUCAGAGGCAGCUCCAGCCCCGACAGAGGAGACCCCAGCUCCAGCCCCGACAGAGGAGACCCCAGCUCCAGCCCCGACAGAGGAGACCCCAGCUCCAGCCCCGACAGAGGAGACCCCAGCUCCAGCCCCAAAAGAGGAGACCCCAGCUCCAGCCCCAAAAGAGGAGACCCCAGCCCCGACAGAGGAGAUCCCAGCUCCAGCCCUGACAGCGGAGACCCCAGCUCCAGCAGCGGUGACCCCAGCUCCAGCCCCAAAAGAGGAGACCAAAGAUGCUCCAGCCCCUGUGGCCGCUGUCCCUGAGCCAGUAACCCCUGCUGCUGAGCCUGUGGCUGCUGUCCCAGAGGGGGCCCCCGCUGUGGAGACCCCUGCACCCAGUGGCCCCAUAACUGACGUUGUUGCUGCUGAGCCUGCAGCAGAGCCAAUAACCACCCCUGUGGCUGUGGAGGCCCCUGUAGCAGCCGUUGCCAAUGAGCCUGUGGAGGCCCCAGGACCAGUGGAGGCCCCAGGACCAGUGGAGGCCCCAGGACCAGUGGAGGCCCCAGGACCAGUGGAGGCCCCAGGUGUUCCGGUGGUUGUGUCGGAGGUGGCACAGGAAGCAGCGGCCUUGGUGUUGGCUGGAGUGGCACAGGAAGCAGAGAAAGACAAGAAACAGAACUAAGAAGAGAGGUCAAACUGAGGAGGCCGCUGUGGCCUGGGAAACACAACCUUCUUGGAUAAAACCUCUGUUUUUACAUUCAGAGACGAUUUGUAGAUAAGAUGCACAACCCAAAGACCAGGAAGU